CAUGAGGUCUCCAGUCGCGGUCCAAAUCCCAGUACCAAAUCUCCCAGUCUUUACACGGAGUGGUUAAUCCAGAUUUGGGGAAUGCUGGGCAGCACAGACUGCUGAGCCAACAAAACUGCACCUCCCUGAGGAUUUGUGGAAUCUGAGUAAAUCUGAAAAAUCUUGAUGGUUGUUUUUUCAGAGGAGUCUGACACAAGCCAACAAAAGGACUGAAUAUUAGGCUCCAAACAGAUCCAGUUUCCGGAGCUCCAGCCCACGAGCUUGGCUACCCUCCAGCCUUCUCCUGACAGGGCCUGCAUUUACUGCUGCUACCCUGGGAGUCAAAUUUCAUGCAACCAUUCCAAUGGUGUAACGGAUGCCUGUGUGGUUUGGGUUCUCAGCGCUCUGAACACUACUGCAGCAUGACGUCUGACAUCUAUCACCUCCCGCUCAAUGUAUACGUCAUUGUGCUGGGCAUCGGCCUUUUUGUCUUUAUGCUGAGCCUCAUCUUCUGCUGCUACCUUUUCAGGUUGAAACAACAAGGAACAAGGGAGCAGUUCAGCUACAAUGAGGUGGUGCUGAAGGGAGCCAGCAAGAAACUGAGCCUUCUCGGACAAACCUGUGCAGUGUGUCUGGAAGAGUUCAGGACCAGAGAUGAACUGGGAGUGUGCCCAUGCUCACAUGCAUUUCACAAGAAGUGCCUGCUCAAGUGGCUGGAGAUCCGCAGCGUCUGCCCCAUGUGCAACAAACCCAUCCUCCGGCUCCACACAGACGCUCCCCAGGGUUCAGAGGGUCCGCUGGAUCCGGAGGAGGUGUGAAAGAGCUGUGUGAGAGGAAACCGAACUCCCCUUACAGGAAACACACACAUUAAAUACACUAGGGAUGAUGGACAGCGGUCAUCUUAAAGACAUCUCACAGGAAAUGUUGAUAAUGAUCCCAAAGUGGCCGCCCUGCUGCUGACCUUUGAGCAAUACGCCUUGAAGGGAAUUGGAUAUUGACAGCGCCAAAAUGACUUGGUCAGAUCAGUCAGGGAGUGAGUGGAUGAAUAGGAUCUUUUCAUAAAAAAAAUUAGCUCCUAGUUCAACUUCCAUAUUGCACUGUUCACCAACAAAACAAAACAUGACAGGAAACAGGAGCCACAUUAGAGAGCAGGAUAUCAUUGCCACUGUCAUUGGACGACUAGUGCAGCACUGCCAGAGACAAACACUUCAGGCAUUGAGCGGGACUUCAGAGUACAGGAUCAGUAUGGAUACCUCUUAUAUCUCAGGGGUGUUACCAAUACAGCCAGCACAACCCAUGUCAAGUCACCCUAUAACCCUGUGCCACACAUGCAUCUUCAAUACUGCCAAUGUAGGUGAAACGCAGUCAGAGGUAGAGCCACGACCUCCGUCUCAAACUAAGACCAGCGGUAUUACAACCAUGGCAAUUUAAAGUAGACAAUAUUGUUACAGAGUAUGUCCCAUGCCCUUUUCCUUUUAAAAAGAGACUGAUAGAAAACUAGUCUUGCCUGUAUGUAUUGUAUGUAAACAUGUCCCUAUAUAUUGUUAUUUUGUAUUUGUUGCUUUUAAAUAAAACGUCACGUAAUGUAUU